AUGGGCGCGCAGCAGUCCGCGCAUCAUGGCCGCGGAGGCGUCAAGCUCCGCCGCCGCUCGAGCGGAAUGAGCGGAAUGACUCCGCACGAGCUGCAGUCGGCGGGAACCGACAUCUCGCACGCCGUCGCGCAAAACCAGGCUCUGCAGCAGCAGCGCGCGGAGCACCAGCAGCGUCUUGCGCAAUCGCCGCAGUCGCGACGCCGAACCAAGGUGUCAGCUUUGGAGGUGCCGCCGUGGGAGAUCGUGGCGCAUCUGACGGAGAGCGAUUGGAUCGCGCUUAAGGCGUGGAUCGAAGCGGGUUGGAGGUGCCGCAAGUGCGGGCACCUGCGCGACGACGGCGCGGACCACCCCAAGACGCUGGCGCUGCUGCACCGCUGCGGAAUCGUCCCCCCGCACCAGCACCCGCACCUCCCCGCGCACACCCUCUCCCACACCUCCUCCGCGCCCGGCUCCCCCAGUUCCACCCAAUCCGGAGCUGCCAGGUGGCAGCAGCAGCAGCAAGGUGGGGGUCAGGGGUCGGGGCAUCCCCCCUAUGGUGUUGUGGAAUAUUCGAAACCGUCUCCUGACGCGCAGAUGGAAUUUUUAUCUGACCAUUCCGGGGGACGGAGUUCCCGAGGUGGGUCGCCCAGCCACCCGAUGCUCCGCACCGGAACGGGCGGCAGGUCGUUGUCUUAUAUGGGCUCGCCUGGGCGUCAGCACGGGGCGAUGAGCGGGGGAAUGGGCGGGGGAAUGGGAGGGGGAGUGGGAGGGGGGGAAGGGGCGGGCAUGGGGAGAAUGAGCCAGUCAUCGCAUUAUGGGCCGGAUUACAGUGUGAGGGGCAUGGGGAGAGACGGUAUGGGUGGCGGAGGCGGCGGAAUGGGCGGCGGAAUGGGCGGAGCAGGGGGAAUGGGUGCUCCGGACGCUUGCCCCAGACACCUUGCCCAACCCCACCACCUCAUGAGCGGCGAGGGGCCUGUCAGCAGAAGCUUCCACGAGAGUUCCUCUUGGGAGAUGCGGAGAGGAGGGGGAGGGGGGAUGGGCGUGGAAGGGGGAGGCGCGGGGGGAGUGGCGGGGGGAAUGGGCGGAGCGGCGGGGAUGGGGGGAGGGGCAGGGGGGAUGGUGGGGGGACCGCAGCGGCCGUUGAUGCGGACGAUGAGCAUGUCUGAGGCACUGCAGCGGAAGCUGCUUGCUGCUAUCACUCGGGCACACCAAGUGUACUUCAUUGAUAAGGAGCCCAACGGCAGUCUGGUGUUUGACUACCUGCUGUCUGCGCUCCUGGAGGUGACCGAGUCCAGCUUUGGCUUCAUCUCCUCCGCUCUGCUCAAGGCCGAUGGCACGCCCUACCUCAAGACGCAUGCAAUGACGAACGUGGCAUGGACCAAGGAGCUGCGGGCAUGGUACGCGGCGAACGCGCACAAGGGCCUCGUGUUCACCAACAUGAACACGCUGCACGGAGCUGUCGUGCUCACGGGGCAGCAGGUUCUCUCCAACGAUGCCCGCAACGACCCGCGGGCGAGAGGAGUGCCGCCCGGCCACCCUGUGAUCGAGAAGUUCAUGGGCAUCCCGCUCUAUACAGGCACGGAGCUGAUAGGGAUAUUCGGGGUGGCCAAUCGCCUGCAGGGGUACGACGAGCAGCUGGUGAAGGAGAUUGAGCCGCUGACGAUGACAAUUGCUCAGAUGAUCUACGCGGUGAAUGAGCGGAAGAGGAGAAAGGAGGCUGAGCUGCACCUGUCCAGCGUUGUGCAGGUGGCCAAGGAGGGCAUCAUGUCGCUCUCUCACAGCGGCCACGUCACAUCCAUGAACCUCUCAGCACGGCAGAUGUUUGGCUACUCGCCCACCCCCUCCGACACCAACGGCAGCAGCAGCACCAACGGCACUGCUGCUGCUGCUGUGGCGGCGGGGGGCAGCAUCAUCAGCCGUGACAGCAGCAACGUCACGCCGCCGCCCAAUCUGCAGUUCCAGGAUCUGAUGGUGGAAAUCAACGGCCAGCGAGACUUUUUGGCACGAGGCCUGGACGCGGCGAGUGGCAAGGUGCACAAGGGCAUCGGCAGGCGGGUGGAUGGCAGCACGUUCCCUCUGGAGGUGUCGGUCUCCAAGGGCACGUACGACACGGUCUUCUAUGUGGCCGUGCUGCGAGACAUCUCUGAGAGGCUGGACGCCGAGAAGAAGCUCAAGGAGAGCGAGGAGCGAUGGCUGUACGCCCUGUCAGGCAGCGACGACGGUGUGUGGGACUGGAAUGUGCGCGACAACACCAUGUUCUUCUCCGACCGCUGGAAACAGAUGCUCGGCUACGAGCCUGGCGACAUAGGGUCGACGUUGGACGAGUGGGAUCGUCUGUUGCACCCAGAGGACAAGGACAGGGCUUAUGCUGAUCUCAAGGAGCAUCUGGACGGUGUGACUGCUCAGUUUGUGAACGAGCAACGGCUCAGAUGCAAGGACGGCAGCUACAGUUGGUUCCUGCAUCGCGGCAAGGUGCUGAGCAAGACAGAGGACGGGGAACCGCUGCGGUUUGUGGGCACGCACACAGACAUCACGGAGAGGAAGAUGUUCGAGCAGGGCAUGGUGCAGGCUAAGGACGAGGCUGAACGGGCUUCACAAGCUAAAGCAGAUUUUCUGGCCACCAUGUCACACGAGAUACGCACCCCCAUGAAUGGCGUCGUCGGCAUGACGGCGCUCCUUCUCGACACCGACUUGACUCCCGAACAACGGGAUCGUGUGGUGACGAUCCGCGACUCGGGCGACAUGCUGCUGCAGAUCAUCAACGACAUCCUCGACUACUCCAAGAUCGAGUCCGGCAAGCUGGAAAUCGAGCAGACGCUCUUCAACGCGCUGCAGGCCGUUGAGAGAGUUGCUGAGCUGCUGAUCCACAACGCAGAGAGCAAGGGGCUGGAGGUGGUCAUUGAGAUCGGCCCGGACACUCCCACGUUCCUGGUUGGGGAUUCAGGAAGAACACUGCAGGUGCUAAUCAACCUCGUAUCCAACGCCAUCAAGUUCACCGAACGUGGACACGUCAUCUUCCGCCUCUCCUCCUACACCGCCCCUGCCCUCCCCUCCUCCCCGUCUCACCCCGCUCUCCCCGCCUCCUCCUCCGCCUCUUCCACAACCACCACCCUCACCACCACCAACACCUCUGCACCCAACAGCGGCCCAUUGGUACCGCAGCAGUUCUGGGUGUGCCAGGUCAUUGACACUGGCAUCGGUAUUCCCAAGGAGCGACUCGGCCGGCUUUUUACUAAGUUCUCUCAGGUGGAUGCAUCCACGACACGCAAGUUCGGAGGGACCGGGCUGGGCCUUGCCAUCUCAAAACAGCUGGUGGAGCUGAUGGGAGGCAGCAUCUCAGUGGAGAGUGAGUUCCACGUGGGCACCACGUUCACCGUGCGCCUGCCAAUCAACGCCCACCACCCCGCGUACGCGUCAGCGCUCUCCCUGUCCACGUCAUCGCUGGCCAAUCAGUGCAGCAGCAGCAGCCUUGUCGUGUCUGAGUCAGCAAUCCCGUUCUGCCUCCCCACGUCUUCCUCUACUGGAGGGGGGGCGGGCGGAGGGGAAGGGGGAAGGGGGGAGGGGAGGAGGGGGCCGUUGUCAGGUGGCAGCAUCCCAUUGGCUAUCGGGAGUGUGGCGGAUGAGUUGCUGAAUCUGAGACUGCUGGUUAUCUCGCCGAUCCAGGUCACAGCGUCAGCCAUAUCAAAGCAGCUGACAGCCUGGCACGUGCCUCACUCGCUCCUCAUUGCCACGCCAGAGGAAGCCAUUCUGCAGCGCCUGCCAGCUGGCACUCUGCCGCCCGCCCCCGUCGCCCGGCUGGCGCCGUCCAUGCGGUGGAGAGAUGGCAGCGAGCGGGAGGGCGUGGCGGAGGACUAUGAUGCGGUGAUGGUUGACCUGAGUCAACGCCCCACUCUGGCUGAUGCUAAUGUGAUUGAGGUGCUGGAGUGUCUGGGCAGGGACAGGGUGGGCGUGGUGCUGCUGCUGAAUCGCACGCAGGUCACAGAAAAGACAGAGGCAGAGCUCAGAGCCGUCAGGCACUGGCACGACCGCUCGCCGCCUCUCCUGCUCAACAAGCCCAUGGUCCGCCCCAAGUCUUUAAUGGAAGCUCUAGAAGCGGCACUGAGGGCGACGCCAGGGGGGGAGAGCCUGCUGCAGCAGGGAGGAGCAGGAGGGGCGGCAAGGGGAGGGCGGGCAAGCGGGGUGGGCACACGAGCAGGAGGGGGCAACCCCAGCGGACCGAAGCUUAGCGGCCGGAUAUUGCUGGCAGAAGACAAUGCGAUCAACCAGAAGGUGGCCAAGUCGAUGCUAGCCAUGCUGGGAGUGAGUGUGGAUCUCGCCAACAACGGGCUCGAGGCAGUUAACCUCUCCGAGAAGAACCACUACAACCUUAUCCUCAUGGACUGCCAGAUGCCGGAGAUGGACGGGUGGACGGCCAGCAGCAAGAUCCGAGAGCUGGAGGCGGCAAGAGGGCAGCCACCAGUCACCAUUGUGGCGCUCGUGAGUUCUCUCCCAAGCGCCAGUACACCAGCAGGGCACCUCGCUGCUUCCUCGCUCGCCUUCUCUUCUCACCGCUCUGCUUCCUCGCCUGCCUUCUCUGCUCGCCUCCCGGCUUCUACUGCUACUUGGCUCCGAUUGACUAAGCUCCCUAAAGCCUAUUCGUUUUGUUGUCUCCAGCUGUAG